CAACAUCAACUCCAUCUUCAACAUCUCAACAUCAAUCACUCAUCGCGACAACAACGAUGUAUAACGAAACCGUCAUUGUGCCGCCGCCUCAACAAGAACCCGAACCGAGCCCCCUUACCACUACAACUAAAGGAAUCCAAAUCCUACUCAAGAUUAAACCCACGAUUAAACCGACGCCACGAGCGCGACCCCAAAACCCACGCACGCCAGAUGACCUCACCCUGCCACCUGCGACAGAACGUUCUGGCCUGGCUCGAUACUCUCUCGUCUCGCCCGGAUCCACCAUCUUGUCGCGCCUCGUUCGGCAGAAAACGCAGCAAAAGCCGAGCUCCAGGCUUCGACGCUGAGCAGCCCUCACCGAAACGUCGGUGCCACCUCACCCCGCCGGCAUCGACCAUCAUGUCCGCCUCGCCAACCAAACGGUCGCACGACAAAUCCAAUACCCCCAGCGCGGCUUCCUCCAGCGUCGCCUCUUCAUACCGAGACGAUGAACAGACUCCCAAGAGCAAAAAGACAAAGCUGGUGCCAGAAUGGGGAACUCUUUCUGCCACCGUGUCCACACGGCGCAGCGCUUCCGUGUCGCCCAAGAAGCUGGCCCAGAACUGGGCUGUUAGGAAGGCCUUCUCGCGGCAGUUUACCAUAAAGGAGGACAUCCCUACCUCGCUCAAGAGCAUGUGGAGGGACAUUGACCGAUACGACAAGGGAAUCGGCACCAUCGGCCUCGCAGAGAAGGACGCAGUCGAAGCCGCCCAAAGAACGUCGCCGGAAUACGAGCAGGACAUCUUCGAGAGCUUCUUCUACGAGCAAGAGCCACAAGUCGGGGAGGGUGCGCGCAGUGCACUCGGCCCCACUCCCUCCGUUGCCUCCGUCCUCGACAUCAUGGAACGGGGCAUUAGCUGCCGUGACGAGCAGAUGGACGAAGCCGGAUGGAACCAAAUCGUUCAUGGCCAGAUUCUGGAGCUUGCAUUCGCCGGCUUGUGGCGGAAGAAUGACGAGAUUGUCGUCUUUAGUCCCUGCACAUCCGCGACCAUCAUGAGCAAUUACACCGAUACUGUCAGCCGGAAGGUUGACUUCUGUGUGUGCAUCCGCCCUGAUGCCUUAUCCUCCAUUGCUAUCCAAGCCAUCCGCGAUCAGGAUGUGAUGGCGAGCGUCUCUAUAAACCACACCGACUUCCCUCCUCUCCAGGCCCGGCCAAUCGCCCUCUCCAUCGAGACUAAGAUCCAUGGCGAAGGACUGAACAAUGCCGAGGCCCAGCUGGUAACAUGGCAUGCUGCCCAGUGGCGUCUUUUGGACCGGCUGGUCAGCCGGGCGGAACCCAAGAUGCAGCUGCCAGAGUUUCUGCCGGGGAUUAUUAUCCAGGGGCACGAUUGGUCUUUUGUGGCGAGCACAAAACAAGGUGAUCAGGUGACUUUAUGGACCAGCCAGCACAUUGGCUCCAGCGCCAAGGUCACUGGGGUUUAUCAGAUUGUGUGCGUACUGCAAUACCUGAAACGGUGGAUCGAGAACACGUACUGGCCAUGGUUCAAGCAGGCUGUUCUGCGGUUCUCGGGGGACGAUUGAACUUUUCUCCCUUUCACCUGUCGUUCCUCAUAGUGACACAAGUUCAACGCUGG